CUCCCUUCUUUUUUCGUGUAACUUCACGUCACGAGAUCUGUGCGUAUAAUAUUUGAUAGAUUUGUAUAAAUGGUGCGGUCUCCUUACCUUCCUUUUCUUCUCUUUCCUCAAUACCUCUUUUUCUACACUUUUUCCACAAUUGCUGGCCAAUUGCAUCUUUUUUGACACUUAUUCACACACACACACACACACACACAAAAUGAUUUUUUAUAUUGUUAUACUCUGCUUGAUGGCUACCAUUCAAGCCUUGCAAAUCAACUUCAACUCACACCCAUCGCAGUCUGGUGAUAAUUAUUGGAUGAUCAAGGAUACUGCUCAAGCACACUAUGAGUCUAUUAUUGAUGACAUCCUUAGUCAACAUAAUGAAGGCAUCUUGACAGAACUGUCCUUUAUCAUUAAGGAGCCUCAGCAAAUGUAUGCUAUCAUGAAGCCUCAAGCUGAUUUAUUGUAUGGGAUUGCCACUCCUAUUGAAGAUGUUUGUGUUGCACAAAUGCCUGGUAUGAUUGCUAAUCAGAUUCAUGAACUCAGCAAUCAAAUCUACUCUAGCAUUGAUUUGAUUGUAACUCAACACUGGAAAAGAUCGGAUGAAUAUUACCGUCAGACUAUUUUAAACGCUAUUGAAAAGGGACUUUAUGAACAGGAUAUCUUGGAGUUGCUCUACGAGAUAAUGGAAGGUGUCAAUACCGAUAUUACUGAUCAUAUUGCACACACCAUUGAUGAGUUUCACAUGUUGAAAAAGCUCAAGGACGGAUUGGAUCAUUGUCAGGCUAUUUUUGGUCAGGAGGAAGAGGCAGAGGAGGAUACAAACACUUUUGCUGAUAAAAUCUGGAAUGCACUCUUGCUUUCCUUGAGUCGUUCCGAUAGCAACAGCAACAACGAGCCUAGACAAAAUGGGUUCAUGGGAAAAUACGUGUUUGAAUUAAGAGCUGAUAUUCAAUCUGAACUCUAUUCUCGUCUUUACGAGCUGGCUAGAGGUGUUUAUGAAGACCUUGCUUUUACUUCCUAGACUUUCUCUCUCUCAAUCUCAUCUGUGUACAUAUUAUCUCUUCUUUUUGACAAAGAAGCAUACUCUCCUUUUUACCCUUUUCCUCAUACACACACACACACCUGUAUAAAACAACCAACAACAACAAAAAAAAAGAACCCUUCUCUCUCUUUGUCCAUUCCUUUUAUAAAUAAAAAAAACCACACAUCUUUUUCUAUCCACCCAUACAUCAAAACGGAGUAUGAACUCUGUGUUAAAUCA